CGGGGAAGAACUAGUGAUCAUCCAUGUUCUGUGUGUACCAUGGAGAAGAGGAAAGGACUGUUCUUUUGGCAGCUUUACUUCAUGGCAGAGUUUUGUCUGAGUUCCCAGCAAGUCCUUAGAAUAGGGGGAAUUUUUGAAACCCUUGAGAAUGAGCCUAUAAGUGUUGAAGAAUUAGCCUUCAAAUUUGCUGUUACCAACAUAAACCGGAACCGAACCUUAAUGCCAAACACCACGCUGACCUAUGAUAUUCAACGGAUAAACCUCUUUGACAGUUUUGAAGCCUCCAGAAGAGCCUGUGACCAGCUGGCCCUGGGCGUGGCGGCGGUAUUCGGCCCCUCCCACAGCUCCUCGGUCAGUGCGGUCCAGUCUAUCUGCAAUGCCCUGGAGGUGCCCCAUAUCCAGACGCGCUGGAAACAUCCUACUGUGGACAACCAGGACACGUUCUACAUCAACCUGUACCCUGAGUACACCUCCAUCAGCCGGGCCAUCCUGGAUAUCGUGCAGUUCUACAGGUGGAAGGCCGUCACUGUGGUCUAUGAGGACAGCACCGGCUUAAUACGUCUUCAGGAGCUGAUCAAAGCCCCAUCCAGAUAUAACAUUAAAGUAAAAAUCCGACAGCUGCCAACGGGGAACAAGGAUGCACGGCCGCUGCUCAAAGAGAUGAAGAAAGGCAAGGAGUUUUAUGUCAUCUUUGACUGCACGCACCAGACAGCUGCUGACAUUCUCAAGCAGAUCUUAUCCAUGGGGAUGAUGACAGAAUAUUAUCAUUUCUUCUUUACUACACUUGACCUGUUUGCUGUCGACAUGCAGCCUUACCAGUACAGUGGAGUCAACCUGACCGGCUUUCGCCUCAUCAAUAUGGAGAACCCUCGUGUGGCCUCUGUGGUGGAGAAAUGGUCCAUGGAGCGUCUCCAGGCUCCUCCCAAACCUGAAACUGGGCUCCUAGAUGGCAUGAUGACGACAGAGGCAGCCCUGAUGUAUGACGCAGUGAACAUGGUAGCCGUGGCCUCACAGCGCUCCACCCAAAUGACUGUUAGCUCUCUGCAGUGCCACAGACACAAGCCCUGGAGAUUUGGACCCCGCUUUAUGAACAUGUUCAAAGAGGCUCAGUUAGACGGGCUGACUGGACGAAUAAUAAUAAACAAAACAGACGGCUUACGGAAAGAGUUUGAUCUAGAUGUCAUCUGUCUCAAGGAAGAUGGCGUGGUAAAGAUUGGAGUCUGGAACUCCAUCACUGGCCUUAACUUCACAGAUAGUGAUGGACACAAGUCCUCAAACAUCACAGACUCUAUGGCGAACAGGACACUCAUUGUCACCACAAUUCUGGAAAAUCCUUAUGUGAUGUAUAAGAAGUCAGACAAGCCACUGUAUGGCAAUGACCGCUUUGAGGGCUAUUGCCUGGAUCUUCUGAAAGAGUUGUCGAACAUACUUGGCUUCUCAUACGAGGUGAAACUGGUGGGUGAUGGGAAGUACGGGGCCCAGAAUGACAAAGGAGAGUGGAAUGGCAUGGUCCGGGAGCUCAUCGACCAUGUUGCCGACCUGGCUGUGGCUCCGCUAACCAUCACAUAUGUCAGGGAGAAGGUGAUCGACUUCUCCAAGCCCUUCAUGACACUGGGCAUCAGUAUCUUGUACCACAAACCCAAUGGCACAAACCCUGGGGUGUUCUCCUUCCUCAACCCUCUAUCCCCUGACAUCUGGAUGUAUGUGUUGCUGGCCUGCCUCGGUGUCAGCUGUGUGCUGUUUGUCAUCGCCAGGUUUACGCCAUAUGAAUGGUACAACCCUCACCCCUGCAACCCGGAUUCAGAUGUAGUGGAGAACAGCUUCACUUUGCUGAAUAGUUUCUGGUUUGGGAUCGGAGCACUUAUGCAGCAAGGGUCUGAGGUUAUGCCCAAAGCGCUCUCAACUCGCAUCAUCGGGGGCAUCUGGUGGUUCUUCACGCUCAUCAUCAUUUCAUCCUACACUGCCAACUUAGCAGCCUUCCUCACAGUCGAGAGGAUGGACGCACCGAUUGAUUCGGCAGAUGAUUUAGCAAAGCAGACUAAAAUUGAGUAUGGAGCCGUGAGGGAUGGCUCUACUAUGACUUUUUUUAAGAAAUCCAAAAUAUCAACAUAUGAAAAGAUGUGGGCCUUCAUGAGCAGCAGGAAGAACACUGCCCUUGUGAAAAACAACCACGAGGGGAUCCAGCGGGUUCUCACCACAGACUAUGCACUCCUCAUGGAGUCCACAAGCAUUGAGUAUAUCAGCCAGAGGAACUGCAACCUCACCCAGAUCGGUGGCUUGAUCGACUCCAAGGGCUAUGGUGUGGGCACUCCUAUUGGGUCCCCUUACAGAGACAAAGUGACCAUCGCUAUCCUGCAGCUGCAAGAGGAGGGAAAGCUGCACAUGAUGAAGGAGAAAUGGUGGCGGGGCAACGGCUGCCCAGAGGAGGACAGCAAGGAGGCCAGUGCCCUUGGGGUGGAGAACAUUGGUGGCAUCUUCAUUGUGCUUGCCGCUGGCCUCGUGCUCUCGGUGUUUGUGGCCAUUGGGGAGUUCAUAUACAAGUCCAGAAAGCACGCGGACCUUGACCAGGUGAGCGAGGCCCAGUGUGAGUGGCACAACAAGUUCUGAUGCCAACCUCGUGGUGUUUGAA